ACAUGCCAUUGGUGGAGCGUCUUCACAUGGACGGCUGCCAUUGGCCAGAGCUAUGUCAUGGACCUCCCUGAUUGGCUGAGGCCUUUGUUUUGAACUGACGUCAUCACGAGAGGGCUUUAUUAUUUUCCAGACCCGGAAUUUUGAUCUACCUAUGCAACACAGCAGAUCCUCAUGCAGUGGGGUUGGUGAAGACUGGUUGUCACCCUGCUGCAGUACAGAAGGCUGAGAUACAGAUGGCGUCAGACAGUGAUGUGGAGGCAUACUUGAACCAGCUGAGCCGCAAAACACUCCGCCUCAAACAGGACAACCAACCAUGGGAAGACUCCGUGUCUUCUGUGUCAGGCGCUGAUCAUCCACCUGAUGAGCUUAGUGCAUCCCUGCAGGUGGACACUGGGGCACCCAAGACUCACUCAUACCAGAAGGCAAGACCAGGAGGACUCCUCUCUGACAUUACAGCCCUCAGUGACAAGUACAGUGUCAGUAAGGAUAAGAAGUCGCCCACUAAAGAUAGGUUCAGUACUUUAGAGGAAAAAUAUUUGAGAAAGUAUAAUUUAAAUGCUUCUAGUCCUAAAAGUCAUGAACGUUCUAGAGAAACUAAGGAAAGGAAAAAUGAAGGUGACAAAUUCAGCCUUCAUGUUACUUCCAAAGCAAGGACAGCUGCUAAGUAUGAUUCUUCAGAAGAUAUUGAUGAUGAAAACUUAGCACACUAUCUGAGUGAAGUGACACUGACUAGUGAAAAGCUUGACAGUGAUAAGGAGAGCAAUGCUGCUGGUAACAGUGAAGAAAAUGAUAGCUCAGGUGAUGUGCUAAAUUUGAAAAAUGUCAUUGAUGUUGAGGAAUUGUUAGGGGAGGAAGAGGACAGUAGCAGAUCCUUACAAGAAUCCCCAGCUCAUUAUUCUGUUAAGAGUGAUGACAGUGCAGGGAGAUACAAGUCCCAGCCAGAAAGCAAACUCAUAGACAAGCCACAGAGCAAAAUAGAUAAAGUUUCCAAAGAUGAACAAAGGGAAAUAUCAGGUGGAGCUAAUCUUUUUAGCUCCUCAAAGUCAAGCUUGUUUUACUCUAGACAAAAGGAUGAGGAGGAGGAGGAGGAGGAGGAGGAGGAAGAUGAGCCCCAAGCAGCUGUAAGAUUACUUUUACCUCAAGCUGGUGGUGAUGUUUUCCAUUCCUCCCGAAGAAAAUCCUCACUGAGCUUUGAUGCAAUAAAUGAUGAGAAAAUAAAGCUUCUGAAACCAUCUAAACAAACCAUCAAGGGAAGAAAAAAGACAAGGCACAAGUCAACAUCUGAAGAUGGCAUUCCCACAGCAUCUGAGAGUCAAAUAUCAGAGCAGGUCCUAGCCAGUGAGGAGGAAGAGCAUGCCUUGCCCUACAAAAGUGAUGGCUCGGAAGAAACACUAGAGCCCACAGUUGUCUCAGAAGUACAAGACAACUCACAGGUUUCCACAUCAGCAAGUACUGUGAAGAGUGAAGGAAGCAGAAGACAGAGUAUUAGCUCCCAGACAAGACAUUCUGUUACUGUGUCUUCUAAAGCGUCUCACAAAAAGCACCAAGAGUCUCAUUCCUCUCAAGAUGAUGAGUCUGAUCGUAGAAGAAAGAGUCGUAAGCAGAGUCAUCACCACCAUCACCACCAUCAUCACAAAGGAAGGAAAAGACAUAAAACAUCACACAGGAAACAUAAGGAAUCUGAGAGAGUGACAAAGAAAAGUAGAAAGAAGCAUAGAUCUUCCUCUUCUUCAUCAUCAUCAUCAUCAUCAUUGUCAUCAAGUGAGACAUUAUCUUCAACAUCUGAGCCCUCCCGACGCAGAUCUCACUCACACAAGCACUCCAGAAGAAGGGCAGCUCAUGGGCACUGGGGCAAGCCUUCCUUCCUGCAGCAUGGUGCAUGGCCCUGCUGCUGCCUACAUACUGCUCAUGCUAAUCAUGCCACCUCACCCCACUCACUGCCAGCAUUUGCAGGCACCACCACCAGUACUUUGCUGUCUGGUAGUGGGCUAGGGGUGGCGGAGGUGAUGCAGCAGCAGGUCGCUCUUGUGAGACAGUUCCUGGACAGCCAGCAGGUGAUGUACCAAGCCUACACCUCCACCCUCAUCUCAUCCUUCCGCUACACCUCCCUACGGCGUACUGAGAAGUACAUAAAGAAGAGGAAGCCACCUCUCACCUUCCCUGAGGCAUACAAACUGGUUAAGGAAGAGAUGGAGGCUAAUGAGAGAUGACACUGCACAAGUAUCUAGUCAGUAAAAGUGUACUGAAUCACUACUGUGUAUAUUCACCUAAUCCAAUAUACAGCAAGAGAAACUUAUAUAGUGAUGAAAUGCUGGAAUGCCUGAGAGGAAGAAGUGGAAGGCUGAAAGGGAACAAUAAGUAGAGCUCUGAAUAAUAAAUACUGAAAGAGGUAACUAGAAGCAGGUAUAAAUAUAAGAUUGAGCCCUUGCUUUAUUCAAUAGAAAAAAAGAAAAUAGGAGGAAAAGUGUUGUAGUGUGCUAGAAUGAAAUAGCGAUCCUUUUAGGAGCAAUCCCUUGAGAAGAAUGGGAAGAGGUGAAUGUGAAGGUAUGUAAAUAGGUGAAGAUGAUAUUAAAUCCUUGAUCAGAUAAAUGAU